CAAUAUCAUCAGCUUGCUUCCCUGAUAUAUAUGCAUGUACACAAACUUACUCAUGCACCCCAAACUCUCGCCCAAGAGAGAUGGAAAAUCGCAGGAAAAGGUCUAGCUCUGGUGAGAUAUUCUCCUUCCCUAGCACCCCAAAUCAAGACCAAGAUUCCGACUUCGAAUUCGGGUGUUUUACCCCGGAUUCACCUUCUCAGGCUCCAUAUAGAACCUCACCAGCUGAUCAUCUUUUCUUCAAUGGCCGACUUUUGCCACAUGCCUUUCCUUUCCAACCUGCAACAAUGGUUGCAGCUGAUUGUUCUCGGGGGACAAGCAGAACAAGCAGCAUCAACAGCAAGGAUUCAUUGAUGUCUUCAAGAAGUAACAGCACUAACAGCAGAAGAAGUUGCAGCAGUGCUAGAACAAGCUCGAGUGACAAUUCAGAAGGGAGACUGUUGUACCAUAGCAAAAUCCACGCAUAUAAUAAACCAAGCAAAAUGGUGCUAUAUGGGGAUUCUCAGAGAUGGCAGUACAUUACACCAAUGCCUGUUCUGAAACGUAAGGUCUCCAAGAGAAAAAACAAUGGGGUUGUGGUGAAAGAAGCCUUGAGAGCUAAGAAACAAGGUGAUCAUCAUCAAGAAAAGAGUACCACUAGGGGAAGAUCGGGGCCUUGCCUGAGAUUUUUCAAGUUAUUUUUGUUGGCCGGUAGAGAAUGUCAUGCCAUGGAACCUUCCAGGAAACAAGAUGUGGUGCAAGGAAAUUUGAGUGUUGGAUAA